AUGUCUGACCCCGACAAAGAUGGUGCCUUUGGCACUGCUGCUAUUAACAAUGCUCUGAAGGAUGUUGUCAAUUCGCAAUCUGAUGCUGGUCAGACGGACAAGCCCCCCAAGCCGUCUGGCUGGGUCGAAAAAUCCGGCUACAAUUACGCUGCCUAUAAUGCUUCUACUCGCGAGGAGCGUGAAGCUGCCCAAAGCUCCGGAGCAACAGAGGACGGACCUGCCUGGGCUGCCAAUGCCGUCAAGUACGAAUGGUCUGACGAAUAUGGAGAUGUCGGCCCAGCCCAUCCGGAGCUUGAAAAGCAGCUUUUCCAAGAUGAAAACAUAAUGCGUAUUGGAAAUGACAUUUUGAACAUUCAAGAAAUUGAAGUCACUCAAGAGGGUGAAAUGCGCAUCAGGCCGGUCCGAAAGUUUGAGGAUGCAGGCCUUCACCCUAUCAUGCUUCAAAAUGUUUCACUUUGCAGAUAUGAAGCGCCCACUCCGAUCCAAGCCUACUGCCUCCCGGCGAUUCUUAAAGGACAGGACGUUAUUGCCUGUGCUCAGACUGGUUCCGGAAAAACUGCAGCGUUCCUCAUCCCAACCUUGUCAAAAUUGAUGGGAAAAGCUAAAAGACUCGCGGCUCCCCGACCUAAUGUCGCAGCUGGGUUUGAUCCUAGAACCGAUGCCGUCAGAGCUGAGCCUCUUAUUCUCGUUGUUGCACCGAGUCGUGAGCUUGCUACCCAAAUCUUUGACGAGGCUCGCCGUUUGUGCUACCGCUCCAUGCUACGCCCUUGCGUUGUUUAUGGAGGUGGCCCGGUUCACGAGCAGAGGAUCGAGUUGCAGAAGGGUUGUGACGUCCUAAUUGCUACGCCGGGACGUCUAUGUGACUUUAUGGAGAAGCCUCAUAUUCUGUCACUUCGGCGCGUCAGGUACACCAUCAUUGAUGAAGCAGAUGAGAUGCUGAAUGCCGACUGGGACGAAGAACUCAAGAAGAUUAUGUCAGGUGGAGAUACCAAUGAGGACGCGGACCAUGUAUACAUGAUGUUUUCGGCGACUUUCCCGAAGGGAGCCCGUGAGCUUGCUCGCCAGUUCAUGGCUCUCGAUCACGUCCGAAUCCGAGUUGGCCGCGCGGGUAGUACCCAUAUCAAUGUUCAGCAAACAGUAAUCUGGGUUGACGAGGAUAAGAAGAAGCAGGCGCUUUAUGACCUCCUUUCUUCUAUGCCUCCUGCCCGCACUCUGAUUUUCGUCAACUCGAAACGUCAAGCCGACUUUAUCGAUGAUUAUCUCUACAAUCUUGAUUUGCCGAGCACCUCUAUUCAUGCGGAUCGUACUCAACGUGAGCGUGAGGAUGCUAUUCGGGCCUUCCGUUCGGGAAAAUGUCCUAUCUUGGUGGCAACUGGCGUCACAGCUCGCGGAAUUGAUAUUCGUAAUGUGAUGCACGUUAUCAAUUUCGACUUGCCCAGCACUGCCUAUGGUGGAAUUGACGAAUAUAUUCAUCGUAUUGGCCGUACUGCUCGCAUUGGCAACCGUGGGCUUGCGACUUCAUUUUUCAACGACAGAAAUGAGGAUAUUGCCGACGUUCUCGUCAAAGUUCUUCUUGAGGCAAAGCAAGAGAUUCCAGAUUUUUUGCAAGGCAAAGUCCCGGAAGGAGGCGCCGAAGCCAUCACUUUUGAUGACGACACUGAUAACGAAGGUGAUGAUCAGACUGCCACUGGCUGGGGCGAGACCGCUUCCGCGCAGAAGACCGAGACCGCUCCAGCUGCUGCUGAUAGCGGUUGGGAAAAUCCCGAACCUACCAAGACUGACGCAAAAGCUAAUGAUGGUUGGGGGAAACCCGAGCCUGCUAAGGCCGAUGCCAGUGAAUGGCAAUCCGCUUCUAAUGACGAUUGGCAAAGUGGCGCUGCCUGGUAA